CGUCUGUGUGUGAUGGUGGAGGGGUCUGUUUGCACAGAAACACAGUCUGCAUCCCACAGAAGAGAGGAUCCAAGGCUGCACGCUGUGUACGGGCCAUAACUAAUUGUCACAAGCCAUAAAACGGUGAAGCUAUGGGAGUCAAACAGAUGGGAGAACCCGAGACUUCUGGAAAUACGACAUCCAAAAGGCAAGAAAAGACACGAAGGACAUCUGGGGAUAGCAAUACAGCUCCUAAAGCAGAUCAGUCAUCCUGUCUUAGAGAGGCCUUUAUCUGUCUCUUUCUGAAGAGGACAGAACACAAUGACAGGGGAGAGGACCCCCCAACAAAGAACCAAAGUACAGAAGACAAGGAGAGCUUUAGGGUAAAAAAACAGAGGGUGAUGGGAGGGAGCAUCUUCCGGCUACCUUGCCUCAGGCCUGCAGAUAGUACAGAUAGUUGUGAGCACAGUAAUAACCCCCAGGAUAAAAUAGAAGAGCAUGGCAACCAAGUCAUGGCAGAAGAAGAACUAAAACCAUAUUCUAAAGCCUCCUUUCUUAGGAAAAUCAGGGGUUAUAGAUUAAUGAGGGAGAGAGAUACCACAGAAAAGGAGAAAGUGAUAGAAAUCGCCCAAUGUACCCAUAGUAUGGAAAGUGUAGUAAAGGAGCAUCGAGAACAGAAGAGUGAAAACGUUCUUGAACCUAAUAACCAUGAAGACAUGGUAGAGGAAAAAGGGAAAGUCAUGUCAGAGCAGGAAAGUUGGACAAUCGUGUUGGGAGGAAAAGUUCAUAACUUGCUAGAGCAGGAUGGUCAUGCAGAAUGCACAGGGAAAAUGGAUUUCAGCUUAAGAGAAAAGGAGAGUCCUGCAGUGAUAAGGGAUCAGGGAAAAGACUUGCCUCAACAGAAGGGCCAUGGGGAGAGAGCAGUAAACAUAGGCAAAGACCCAGUAAAACUGGAGAGUCAAGUAGAAAUAGUGGGAAACAUGUCGCAAAAACAGGAAAGUCAUACAAAAGGGGCAGGGGGAAUGAAGGACUUUCUAGAAGAAGCAAGUUGUACAGAGAAGUUGGAGGAUCUAGGUAGUGAGUUGGUAGAAAAGUUGAAGGAUCUAGGUAGUGAGUUGGUAGAAAAGUUGGAGGAUCUAGGUAGUGAGUUAGAAGAAAAGGUGGAGGAUCUAAGUAGUGAGUCAACAGAAAAGGUGGAGGAUUUAGCUAGCGAUAUGGAAGAAAAGAUGGAAGAUCUAGGUAGCGAGUUGAAAGAAAAGGUGGAGGAUAAAGGUACUGAGUUUGUAGAAAAGGAGGAGGAUCUAAAAAGCGAGUUGGAAGAAAAGGUGGAAGAUUUAGGUAGUGAGUUGCUAGAACAUGGCAGUAAAACAGAGAGAGUGUGGAAACAGGAAAAAGACUCACCAAACCAAAAAAAUAAAGCUAAAAAGUUGGGGCACCAGGCAAAAGACUUGAUAGAAAAUAAGAGCCAACCAGAAGUCUUGGGAAAAGUGGGAAAUUACAUCCUAGAACAAGACAGUCAUGCACAGGAGGUAAGAGAAAAGGGAACUGACUUGCUAGAACAAGACAGUCAUGCACAUGAGGUGAGCAAGCUGGGGAACAGCCUGCCAGAACAAGAGAGGCAAGCAGUGGAGGUGGUAAAAGUCUUUAUAGGACAAGACAGUCAUGCAGGGGAGGUGGGAAAGAUUAGAUAUGAAAACAAUUUGCCAGAACAAGACAUUCAAGUAAAGAUGUUGGGAGAGGUGGGGAAAGAUUUGUCAGAGUUUGAGAGUUGUGGGGGGAUUGCUCAAGAACUAGAAAACGAUUUGUUUGAAAUGGGCAGUCACACAGAGAAUGCUGGAAAAUGUGGAAUCAUCUGUCUGCAAACAGAGAGUUGUGCAAAGAAUGUUGGAGAACAAGGAAAGAACUCACUAGAACAGGACACUUUUUAUCUAGAGAAAGUGGAAGAACCAGGAAAAGAAUUACCGGAGCAAAGUCAUAAAGAGAUUGUUAAGGUACAGAAAAAAGUCAUUGUAGCAAAAGGGAGUCAAGCACACAAGGUGGGAGAAUCUGGACAAAACACCAAAGAGUUUCCACAGGCAUCAUCUUCAGCUGAAGAUGGCUUCAGAGGUAUACAGGAGGGAGCACAUUUGUUUCAAGGGUUUGUGCCCUCAGAUGCAUGUCCUCAAGACUCCUUCACUUUAAGGGCAUCAGGAGAGAAUGGGGAACUGGACACAUCAGUCAGGAAAAAGAGUCUGGCCACUAAUACCACUAGCAUUACCAUACUGGAGGAACCUCAAACACAACAAGAGAGCAGUCAGAAAAGUGAAGAUAAGGAUGAUAUGAUUGGUUGUGAGGCCACCGAUUGGGGAUCUCUAAAGGUGGAGGUGACGGACAUGGUCCAAUGGUUGGUAGAGGAAGCAUCGGACAGAUUGACCUACUACACGCAGGAAUCAGAUGGUACAGGAUAAUAUCCUACAUCCUGUUCUGGAUGUAUUUUAUAACAGAUGGAGAUUAGUGUACAUUUCAGUCACAACAGAAGGCAAGAGAAAAACCUGUGACACGUCUCUUUUGGAUAAAUAGCAGAAUGUUGUGUGUCUAGCUUUGGAAAGAUUUCAAGCAAGUGUUUUAAUGGGAAAAUUGUGCAAGCUCAGCCAGACUGGAUAGACGACCACGUGUCUCAGCCUGACUAUAUGAUAACACAGUUAUGUGUCUAUGGGAGCACUGCAAGAGUCACCGCACUGAAUAACACAACAACGUGUAUGUAUGCUGCAAACAAAAUAAAACAGGACAACCACAAGUCUACACAAUUACUGCAUGCUUCUGAAGAGAGAAUAACACAAUAACAUGUUUAUGAAAUGACUGCAAAGAAACAAAAAUAUCACUGCACAUAAAAAAACCACAGCCAAGUGACUGUGGAAUGACUGCUGCUUCACAGUACAGGAUAGCACAACAACGUGUCUGUGGCAUGGAAGCUAGUUUCACAAAAACAAAGAUAAUACAAACAUGGCUAUGGGAUGACUACUGUUUUGCAAUAUACAGUAGGAUCACACAAAUAUGUUUCACAGUAGGACAACUGUAAAGUAUAAAGUGCUGUCAAAUCAGAAAAUCACUGUAAAGAUGCAUUUGUGGAUGCUUGGGACCUUGUAACCACUUGUUAAAUGGUAAGUGAGGGAGGACAUGUGGCAUCACCCAGUACCCCAUACUGGCUAAUCUAUUAUAUAUAUAUAUAUAUAUAUACUGUAACAUUGACAAACACCUAUUCCGCUGGUAUGGGUGGGUGCUUUCUUGUAGCCCCUGAUCAAAACAAUGACCAGGCGGCAAUGCGUACCUUCCAUUGCCAUGCCACAUACAAUUUGAUACAAUGCCCUACAAGACAAACUUUGAUUACAAUGUUCUUAUUUCACAUUUCUGAGAAUAAAAGUCAGGUCAUUUCAUUUCACUAUAAAAUUACA